CUCUUUUGAGUCUCUCACAUCAAUUAUUUACAAGGCGUUAUAAAGAGAUCAAGGCGAGAUAUCGCAGAUCAAAUCCCAUCUCCCCUCAUUGUGACCUGACUUGGUGUGCCCAUCAUCAAGGGACCUCUCGAAGAAGCGACAACAUCUUGGCUCCCCGAGCUGCGCCUACCACGUCAGCGGUUCCGUUGUAACAGCCGAAGGGGAAAGAAAGCGUUCGCCAGAGGCAGGGCACUCGCAGCAAUUUCGUGCGAGACUAAGCCACUUACGCCCGGGAGCUAUAUCGGCAGGAUCACCAGUCUAUAUCUCGAUUUUCUUUUUUGGCCAGGCUACUAUGCCCUUACGAAGAUCUCACAUUCUUUCCUAAUAUUGAAGCCAUAUCGAGGAUCAUCAUCAUGUUUCAGUCAUCAAAGCCAUAUUCGGCGGUCACCGUCCAAAUCGAGGUCUUAACUGGUGAACAAUAUGAAGUCGAAGAUUCGAGUGGAAUUGUGGAUCUCAUCGAAGCCAUUCGUAUACAAUCCAGUGGUCCCACAGAAGCCAGUCGCGCUCUUCGCAAGAAGCUUAAAUAUGGAAACCUCCACCGUCAGCUGAGAGCGCUUACAAUCCUGGAUUUUUUGAUUCAAAACGCAGGAGAUCGCUUCCUCCGGGAGUUUGCGGACGAGCCAUUGCUGGAACGGUUGCGAAUUGCCGCUACUGACUCGGUUUCCGACCCUUUGAUAAAACAGAAGUGCAAGCAAAUCUUUGGGCAAUGGGCCGUUUCUUACAGAGACACUCCCGGCAUGGAACGGGUAACUGCUCUCUACAAACAGCUGCCGAAACGAAAACAGCCGGCGACUCAGGCAAAGGCGAAGGUUUUGCGGGACAGUGGCACUUCAUCGGAGCCUCCGAUGGGACAUACCGUGUCGGUGUCUGGCGGUAGCGGGCCAACUACUGUUCUCAGUAGUCCAAAACACAAACACUCGUCCAGCAAAUCGUGGAAGAAGGAAAAGAAGGAGAAAAAGGUAUAUAACAAGGCGUUCAAUUUUGAGAAGGAGAAGCCGGAGAUGUUGCAUACCCUGGCUUCCUCCUCUGUUGCCAGCACGAAUCUUUUGAACGCUCUCAGGCUGGUCAACCGAGAAACACGCCGGGUGAGUGAAGAUGUAGAAGUGCUCCACAGAUUUGAGACGUGCAAGCAAAUGCGCCGUCAGAUUCUGCGUUAUAUCCAACAUGUCGAGAGUGAAGAAUACCUGGGUAGUCUUAUUCACGCCAACGAGGAGCUGGUUACCGCGUUGAUGGCGUUCGAGGUUUUGGAUAAGAGCGUGGACUAUGAUAGUGAUAGUGACCAGGAUGUUCUUGAGAGCGGCUGGACUCCUGAUCGCGAUGGAAGAGACCUGAGUGAAACCUUUUCCGGAAUAUCCAUCAAUCCACCUAAGCCUCCCCGACCUCCUCGGCCGUUGAGUAUUUCAGUACCUUCAUCGUCAACUCGUCGGCCGACCUACAGCAGCGAAAGCGAGUCCGAAUUUGAACCAGACGACGACGACGAGAACAACCCGUUCGGCGAUAGGAAUGCGAUCGUGGCCCCCGCAUUUGAUCACUUCGAACCAACGAUGUAUGAGGAGCGUCAGCCACCACCACCACCACCACGAACACAAUCCCGCUCACGCUCACGCUCACCACCUCGCCGGCCAAAAGCCCACGGUGGUUUCCGAUGGAAGGAAAAGCGAUCCGCAAACUACGAUAAUCAUGAAGGAGAGAACCGCUUAGAGCGCGGGUACAGGAAUCGGUCGCCGCGCAGAGGAUAUGACCGCGACCGCGACCGCGACCGUGAUCGCGCACAAGAUCGAGAUCGAGAUCGAGCCGACUACCGAGACCGGAACCGCAACCGAGAUCGAGAUAGGGAUCGGGACUGGGGCCGCGACAGAGACCGGCGCGGACGAGACCACGAUGAAGAACGACCUCGGGACCGCGACCGCGACCGCGACCGCAACCGCAGCGAGAAAAAAGAGAAGAACCCCCCCCCCACCAAGAAACCCGCGAUGCCUGGCACCGGGGAAGAAAUGAUUAUCGUGAACGUCAACGAUCGUCUCGGUACAAAGGCCGCCAUACCUUGCUUGCCGUCGGAUACGAUUCGGGAUUUCAAGGCCCUGGUUGCGGCGCAUAUUGGUCGCGAGCCGCACGAGAUUCUACUGAAGAGGCAGGGGGAGAGGCCCUUUAAAGAUUUCAUUACGCUGGGGGAUUAUAGUAUUGGGAAUGGUGUGCAGUUGGAUUUGGAGGUUGGUACUGGAGAUUGAGAUUGCGUUGGUGUAUUUUGUCCUGUCCUUGUAUAUGCGGGGGACUUUCGGUGAUGUAUCAGGGUUAUUAUUAUUAUUAUUAUGGCUUAGGUGCUUUUUUUUCUUUUAUAAUAUCUAGUUCAAAAAUAUAGCGCCUGGGGUUUACUUCAGUUGUACGUAGUCUUUUCACUACUAAAGUAAGGCCUGAGGUCGUAAGUUGUACUAUAUAUGUAUGUAGCUGGAAUCUCACUUUAGCAGACAGGGGGCUAAACGGUUGACCUGCCC